GAUUCAGAUCGAGGCUUGGAACGCAGAAGCAGCGCGGGUGUUCUGUAUGCGGCGCCCGAUACAGUAUGGCGAAACAUCACCCUGAUUUGAUUUUCUGUAGAAAGCAGGCUGGAGUGGCCAUCGGCAGACUGUGUGAAAAAUGUGAUGGAAAGUGCGUGAUCUGUGAUUCCUAUGUAAGGCCUUGCACACUUGUCCGGAUUUGUGAUGAGUGCAACUAUGGCUCUUACCAGGGACGCUGUGUUAUCUGUGGAGGUCCCGGUGUAUCUGAUGCUUACUACUGUAAGGAGUGCACAAUUCAGGAGAAGGAUAGAGAUGGCUGUCCCAAAAUUGUGAAUUUGGGAAGUUCUAAAACAGAUCUAUUCUACGAGAGGAAAAAAUAUGGGUUUAAGAAGAGGUAACCUGGACCUGGUUGAUUCAAGUGGCUGAAAAUAGUGUUUAAGAAGGACAUUUGUAGCAACUACAUGUAUUUUUUUUAAAGUUAUGUUGAUUAAAGUGUCUUUUUACAAAUGCA